GGUUUGAAGUCUUUUUCCUAAAAUGGAGAGGUCAGAACAUGAGUUGCAUAUGGGAAUGUUUUUCUUCUCUCCUGGGAGCAGCAGAAGCACAGUAUCCACAACACAGCCUUUACAGUCAUGUUACCAGUCCACUUGGAUCUGUCGGGGACACUAUGUCUUCAUUAAUGGACACUCAUCUGCAAGAAAAACAAACAAACAUGUAUCUGAAGCAGUUUGUCGGAGGAUCAUAACCAUGUCUCUGAUGUUUGGGAAGGUGAAGACGUGUAACUCUGCUGAGUGUAACCUGGUGCUUCUCGGUGUGAUGGGUGUUGGAAAAUCAGCAUUGGCAGUGAAAUUCCUCACAAAGCGCUUCAUCAGUGAAUAUGACCCCCAUCUAGAGGAUAUCUACUCAUCUGAAGAGACUGUGGACCAGCAGUCAGUCACCGUGAGACUGAUGGACACCUGUGACCAGGAGGGUCCAGUGAACAGUGAGCGUUAUCUGUUAUGGGCCAAUGCCUUCCUUGUGGUCUACAGCAUUGACAACACUGAGAGCUUUAAAGGCAGCCAGCUGUACCUGCAGACACUCGCCCUGCACAGCAAAACCUUCAAGCCUCAAUCUCCCAUCAUCCUGCUGGGCAACAAGCUGGACAUGGACAGAUACAGACAGGUGAGUCGGUGUGACGGUGAGGCCCUGGCAUCUCGUUUUGGCUGUUUGUUCUUUGAGGUGUCGGCCUGUUUCGACUUUCUGUCUGUGCAGCAUGUCUUCUAUGAGGCAGUGAGGAGGGCAAGGUGUGGAGGGGAGCGUAGUCGCCUGGUGCCAGCUGUCUGCGUCAGUGAGGACAAGGCGCUGCUCAGUGCCCCCUUCUUCACCACUCCCUGGCACAAGGAGCUACCGGCCCCUGCCACUGCCAGGCUGGUGACUGUGAAGGCAUCCAGAGCUCAGAGCAAACGGAAGGCUGCCACACUCACUCUGCUCAAAGGCUUCAAGAUCUUCUGACACCCUCUGAUCCCCCACCCCCCUUAUGAGAUAACAUUGUGGACAGCCGGACAGUUUGCAGACAACUGGCAAAUUAAAGGAAAACCCUGAAAAAAUUAAAUCAAAAGAAAUACACAAGCUUCUCUGAACAAUUUGCUGAGUGAAAGCGAUAUGAAUCACAUCCAGCAUGUUGGGCAAUGCUCUCCACCUCCAUCCUGGAAUACUAAGUGUGAAGUAUCUGUGGACGAAUGCUGUUCAGUUGAAGAUGUUUGAGAAGGCUUCAUCAUUUACUAACACACUUUAUUUGUCAUCCAUAUUAGCACUGGGUGUCAAAAUAUUUUUGGGAAUCUCAUGAUUCAGAAUGGAUUCUUGGAUCAAAACCAAGAAGUGAAGCUGCUGAUCUUGACAAAAAUCACCGUCUUAAUCAAGAGAAAAUAUCAAAAAGAGAGUGAGAGUAUAGUACAUCUUAAAAAUGAACUGCAUUCAUUUGUAAUCAUUUUACAGUCUUAUGCAUGUGUAAGAAUAA